AUGAAUUCUGGAUAUAAUUUUUACAAAUUUUUUAUAAAUUAUUUAAUAUUAUAUCUAUUAUUUUUACAAAUUAAAAACGGGUUAUGUAUUACAAUUAAUGCUACUUUAUCAAAAUUUUCAAAUAAUAUUGAUAAAGAUGGAAGAAUAGCAGUAAAAGAAUAUCAAAACUUACCACAUAUUAAAUUAACCAAAGAUUUACUUGAUUCUAAAAGAUAUGAUACCAGAGUUAGACCAGUAUCAAAUCAUUCAAAUCCAUUAAAAAUUUAUUUAAGUAUGACACUUUAUCAAAUUAUUGAUGUUAAUGAACCAGCCCAAAAUAUAAAAUUAAAUAUGUGGAUGGUACAACGAUGGCAUGAUGAAAUGCUUGAUUGGAAUCCACAAGAUUACAAUAAUAUAGAAUCAAUAAUUUUACCUUCAAUGUCUAUAUGGAAACCAGAUACAUAUAUUUAUAACAGUGUUGUAAUGAAUAAAGAUGACACUGAAAGGCAUAUGAAUGUUAAACUUGAUUCAACAAGAAAAGAAGGAUUGCGUGGAUCUAAUAUAAGUUUUCUUUAUCCAGCAAUAUAUACUACUACUUGCCGAUUAAAUGUUCGUUUUUUUCCAUAUGAACAAGAAAAUUGCACACUUAUAAUAAGUAGUUGGACAAAUGAUAAAUCAGCAUUAGAUUAUUAUGCAGAUCCAGCAGUUAAUUUGGAAAAUUUUAUUAGAAAUGAAGAAUGGGAUGUUAUAUCAUUUAAAAUUUUUAGACAUGAAUAUAAAUAUGCUUGUUGUGAAGAACCAUGGGUUAUUAUUCAGGCAUCAUUAAUAAUGAGAAGAAAACCAUUAUAUUAUUUAGUUAAUUUAAUUAUACCAACAUCAAUUAUAACUUUAGUUGCAAUUACUGGUUUUUUUACUCCUGGGAGUUCAAGUAAUGAUAGAAAAGAAAAGAUUAAUCUUGGUAUAACAACAUUAUUAGCAAUGUCAAUUUUAAUGUUAAUGGUAUGUGAUCAAAUGCCAACAACAUCAGAAUUUGUUCCUCUUAUAGCUUGGUUUUAUUUAUCAAUUAUUUUUAUUAUAUCAAUUGGUACAUUUUUAACAAGUAUUGUUUUAGCUAUUCAUAGUCAACGACAAUAUGGUAAAUUACCUUCUGAUUGGGCAAGAUAUUUCUUUUUUGUUAUUGUUUAUAAAUUUACAUUAUUAACAGUUCCACCACAAUUAAAACAAAUAUGGAUUGAAAGUGAUAGUGAACCAAAAAAUAUUUAUAAAAAUAAUUUAAAUUCUUCAUUGUCGCAAAAAAAUCUUAUAUAUUCCAAAAACAAUAAUUCAUUAAAAAAAUAUGAAUAUAUUAGAAAUAAUAAUACUUCAAUGAUACCAAAUUCAUCAUUAUUAAAUGAAUCACAAGAUAUUGAAAUGAAAACUUUAAAUAAUAUUAAUAAUAAUAAAAACAAUUCCUUAAAACAAUCUAAUAAUAAUAUUAAAAAAAAAUCAAAAAUAUUUAAAAUUGGAAAAGAUUAUACAAAUGAUAUGAAUAAUAUAAAUUUAAAUACAUUUUUUAAACGAAUAUGUCGUGGAUCAAGUAGACAAGUUGCUUUAGAAUGGGAAUUUAUUGCAUCUAUACUUGAUCGUAUACUUUUAAUAACUUUUGGAAGUUGUGUUAUCAUAGUUACAUUUGGUAUGAUGACAAUAGGAAUUUUAGCACAACAUUAUUAUGACUUAGAAGCUAAUGAUACUGAAUAA